AUGGCGGCCGAUGAUCCGGUCCCCGCGUGCGAAGUAUUGCCUCUGGAAGACAGAAGAAUUCUCAUCCUCUAUGGGUCAGAAACGGGAAACAGUCAGGAUUUCGCUAUAGACCUCGAGAAAAUCUCCGAACGGUUACGUUUCAGGGCAGAUGUGUUCGCGAUGGACUCUGUUGGUCUGCUGCUGCAAUUGGGAAGUCUGCUCGGGAACAUUAAAACAUUGACGGAAUACGCAUUUGUGCUUUUUGUCAUUGCAACUACUGGCCAAGGAGAAAUGCCCAAAAACUCGCGUCUUUUCUGGAGGAAGCUUUUAUCUAAGAGACUGCCCGCCACAAUUUUCGGCGGCGUGAAAUUCACCACAUUUGGGCUGGGCGACAGUUCAUACCAACAAUACAACUGGGCGUCAAGGAAGCUUCAUAAACGUCUACUGCAGCUUGGAGCGAACGAGUUUUAUCCUCGCGGUGAAGCAGAUGAACGCCAUGAAGAUGGGAUUGACGGUGCUUUUUUACCGUGGUCAAUCAGUCUACGCUCGCAUCUGAUAUCCAAGUAUCCUCUUCCGGAAGGGCUCUCGGUAAUCCCAGAAGACGUUCAACUGCCACCCAAGAUUAUCCUAGAGCGACUUUCGAUCUUCACGAAGAUGGUUGACCGUUUCAACGAGAAACGACGACUUGAGGGUGUCGACCGAAAUAACCUCGACUGCAGAGCAGCGCAUUUCAGUCACGUCGAUGCCGUCGAUCCCCUGAGGCAAGAAGACGAUCUCCGAGAUGAUAGACACGAGAAAGGCUUGGAAAUAUCGGCUCGGCUGAAUCCACGAACGUCUGCUAACGCCGUCAAGCAUCCCAGCGGAGUGGAUUUUCUAGACCGCCUGAACAUUCUCAAAGAUGAUGUUGAGAAGUACAAGCUCGAAGAUUCUGCACACCCCUCUGGGUCACCGCCUCAGGACCUGUUGCCUAUACCAGACGCAUGGACUGCUACCAUUGAAGAGAACACUCGGCUUACGCCUGAAGGUCACUGGCAAGACGUCCGACAUCUCAAAUUGGUUGUACACCCAAACCUUACCGUGGUCGAGACCGCCCUAACCAGUGCGAAAUCCAAAAACGAGUCGUCUGGGUCGCAGAAGGGACCCUCAGUGUCUGAUGGUAAAGUCAAAGCCAAGCACCGCAAGAAACUUGAGAGUCUGUUCACGGCAGCUGGCGACACAGUAUUUCUCUAUCCGAAGAACUUUCCUGAGGAUGUCCAGGCUCUGAUCGAUCUCAUGGGUUGGAAUGGUGUCGCUGAUGAGCCCUUCAAGCAUUACAAAGAGAGGUAUGACCUAUUUCCAUAUGAACACGCGCCUCCUGGUUGCUACCCCUUGGAGGAAAGCACAUUGCGCCAAUUAUUGACCAAUAACUACGACAUUACCGCAAUUCCCAAACGCUCCUUCUUUGACAACAUCAAGUACUAUGCCACGGACGACAUGCAGAAGGAAAGACUCUCAGAAUUCUCCGAACCUAGAUUCAUCGACGAGUUCUAUGACUACACCACGCGACCUCGACGUUCUAUACUGGAAAUACUCCAAGAUUUCUCAUCCGUCAAACUUCCUUACCAUUUUAUUCCCGUGGUGUUUCCCCUCAUUCGAGGUCGAGAGUACAGCAUGGCCAGUUCAGGCCCCCUGAUGGAAGUGGACGGUAAUAAGCACGAUACCCGCGUCGAGCUUUUAGUUGCAUUAGUCAAAUACAAGACCGUUCUGCGCAAGACCAGGAGAGGUCUCUGUUCGCGAUAUAUUGAGUCUCUACGACCGGGAACGAAAAUUCGAAUCAGUGUCGGAGAGCGUAGGGCACCAUUCGCUAAUGUCGAUACUAUGCAACGACCCCUUCUGGGCAUUACUACUGGAACAGGAGUCGCUCCAGCCCGCGCUGCUUUCUGGGAACGCGCCACUAAUAUGACCCACGGUGCGAACGUCUUAUUCUUUGGGGGGCGCAAUCGAACAGCCGACUAUUACUUUCAAGAUGACUGGUCCUUAUUACGAGUCAAGGUUCACACGGCUUUCUCCCGCGACCAAAGAGAGAAGAUCUACGUGCAGGACGUCAUUCGCCGGGAGUACAAGCUUGUCUGUGGGAUGCUCCAGGAGGGGGCUACAAUCAUGAUCUGUGGAAGUUCAGGCAAGAUGCCGACGGCUGUCCGUGAAGCUCUACUUGAUGCUAUGGUCAAGGGAGAGCUGUGCAAGACUCUCGAGGAUGCGACGGCUUUUCUCGAUUCAUUCUGCACAAUCUGGCAGGAAGUCUGGUAA